GACCUUGCUCUUCUGAUAGUGUCGCAUAAUGUGCACCGGGGGCUUUAUAUAUAUCGGGUGGGGUCCGCCUGCAAUCAACAGUACUCGCAGAGCAGUCCUAGCUAAUAGCUGAUACAGUUCUUACAAAUAUGCAGCUUUUGGUAGUAAUAUCCUGUGCCCUAGCAGCCGUUUCGGGAGCAUAUCUUGGACCCAUCCAUAUUCCAGUAAUUGGCCCAAAUGGCGUACCUGUGGAACCUGUUGAGGUACAAGCAGCCAGAGCUAAUCAUUUGGCAGCAGUAGCUUCAGGGCCACACGGAUAUGCAGGUGCACUUGUUGCUGGACCUGUAUAUGGAACUACUUCUGCAGCUCUUAACGCUUUACCGCUUGAUACACCUGAAGUAGCCUCCGCAAAAAUUCAACACUACAGAGAUUUUGCAGUAGCCGCUCAAAGAAAUGGCGUUCAUGUUCCGCUUAUAGCUGCUCCUCUUGUUGCUGGCCCAUACCCCAUUGAUACUCCUGAGGUCCAACUUGCAAAAGCUGCUCAUUUCCAAGCGCAUGCCGAAGCUUCUGCACGUGCUGGACGUAGACGUCGUGAUAUCUGGGGAGGAUAUCACAUCCCCGUCAUCGGAAACAAUGGGGUGCCAGUAGAUACUCCUGAAGUUCAAGCCGCUAGGGCCAGUCAUUUGGCAGCUUUGAACCAAGCGGCUGGUUCCGGACAUGCAGGAAAUGAUGGCUGGUACAACAAUGGUGCAUACGCUGAACCCUACCGCCGAUAUUGGGGACCUCAAGCCACUAUUGGUCCUAAUGGUCAACCAUUAGAAACUCCAGAGGUUCAGGCUGCCAAGUCAUACCACUUUGCUGCCCACGCGGCUGUAAGAUCAAAGCUGUACUAGAAUAGAUUGACUAAUGAUUCCAGAUUCUGAUCAUUAUGAUAUGAAUGGGUUGAUUUAUGUUAACUUUAGUAAAUUUGGUGCUACAGACUUGAUUUUUUGUAGGAAUAUAAAGGAAUAAUAUAAUAAUGUAUAAAGUAUAUUAUGUAUCUAUAAUAUAGAUAGUAUCAAUAAAGCAUAAGCUUUCAAAGUU